GGAGAGGGAGAGGGAGCAAAGACUGGGUCCGGGCUGGAUGCAGGAUACGGUGGGCUUCUUGAUCAUGGCGUGGGGAGGAAGUUUUGCAGUGGCCUACCUGAACAAUACGGUUCCUGCACAAUUGCUCUCCAUCUCUCCCCUGCUCAACUACCUCUCUGCGCACUUUAUCCUGCAAGUUUUGCUCUCUUUCGCUCCAGCAGCACCCAACGCUGCUGCGCUUCUCGACACUUGCCUCUUCGUGCUGGAUGGUGGUAUGCGGGCGCAAGCUGUCAGUCUAGGCGUAGCGCUUCCCCUCGCGCACGCAAACCCCCUCGUCCGCGCCUCUUUGCCCUUUCAAAUCCUCUGCGGCGUGCUAGCAGCUACAGCAGGCUCGCAAGUCGGAGGCAUGCUGGGCAUCUUUGACCGCACGUGGACAUUGAACGCUCCGCCGUUUACGAGAGCGCAGAGCUUGCUGCAGGUGGUGGACAUUUUGGCCGCCUUUUUGGCCGCCACGGCGUACGGAUGCAUCGCCCACUCCCACACAUCCUACACCGCCCUUCAUGCGGGGUGGUGGAGCAGGUUCGCGUUUGUGCACGCUGACAGCCAGCAGGCCAAGGAGGAGGAGGAUGACGGGAAUGUGCGCUUCUCCUCCUCCUCCUCCUCCGUAUUGCCAUCGAAGGCAGAGCAAGUCGAUGUGGCCAAAGCGGCAGCUACGAUCAUCAUUGCCCUUUGUUUCGCUGCCAGAGCUUUGAUGAUCCAUUGGCUGCCUGCAGCGACGACGACAGCGACGACGACAAGGACGACGCAGAGGCGGAGGAGAACAACAGGGACUGGCACGGCCACGGCCACGGCCACGGCCACGGCUCCUACGACGCGCAAGGACAUCGCCUCCUCUGCAGUAGCUUGGCAAGACGAUGCUCAGCUCGUCGCGUCUUCCCAUUCGGAAAAAGCAUCAUCCAACGCUGCUGCUGCUGCUGCUGCUGCUGCUGCUGCUGCUGCUGCUGCCGCUUCGACGAAGAAAAGGAACAAGAAGAUGAAUUAGAGGGGAGUGGGGAUGGGGGGGUUGAGUGAAAAGCGUAAAUGGGGUCGUACGGCAGCGCAUAGACGCGUCACCACAAUAAUACGAAAUUGGGGGCGAAGAAUCGCGGGGGGGAGAAAAAAUCAUGACCCCCAAUCUAUAUAGAUUUGGCACUGAGCUCGAUCGUGACUUGCGCACGCACACACGCUUCUGGGAAUAUAAAAAGUCAUGUCUGGGCUUACCCGGCCCCUCGUGACGGCGGG